AUUGUCCCGACCAGAGGAGGCGAGGAGGAGACGGACUUGGGAAAAGCAGCUCGUCCUAAACUCGAUAGCUGCAUUAGCCACACGGAUUAACGGCAGCUUUAUGGUUUAUUGCUAACAUCUGAUAGUUAUCCCGCUUGUUCAUCCGAGUCAUUUCGACGGGGGACGGUUGUUUGGCCCACUUUGGAGAGGGCUAACCCACCGGAGGGAGCCUCGUAAUCGGCUGUUUGUUUCCCUGCUGGAGCGGACGGAGCUCCGGUUGUGGCCGGGCAGCCCCGCCGGACUGUCGGACGAAUCUGAGGCUUCCACUCGGAAUAUAACCACAGCAAUACAUGAUUUAAACCUCCCGUGGCGGCGGUGGGAGACUAGAAAUGCUGAUUUCACCGCCGCUGGUAACGUUUUAAAGCUAUGCGACGGAGCCUGUCGAGGAGAAGUUUGAUUGGAGAGCGGAGUGCGCUUGAUUUCCAGUCCGAUGGAUGUUAGCCCUGCCCGGCUGUGGCUCGGCUCCCUGCUCCGCUGCUCUCACGGUAACAGGUCAGACACCAACAGGCACAGGUGAACACGUCUGUUCAGGACAAUGCUGCACAUCUGGCAAGUACAUGACAGCUCCGGCUUGAAUGCCAACAAGUCGCCCUCCUUUGCUUGUCUGUAAACCUGGAAAUACCUCCAACCACCCCUCCUCUUCUUCACCCCUUCCUCCCCCUGUUAUUUUUAAGGACUUGCAUUACCUGGGAUAUUUUGGAUUUCCAUAUUGACAUUUUUAAAGAUGUCCUUUCUGCAGAGACAGUGCUCUCUGGAGCAGCAAGACAUUUAAUUUGACUGAGGCGUUUUUUAGAUAUUUUUUGGGGUGCUUUUGUUUUUUAUUCUCUUUCUAGACAGAGGAUCAGAUUCGGAUGGAAAAUGGGAGACGCCACCAAACUGGCCUUCGCCGUUUUCCUCAUCUCCUGCUCUUCAGGUGCCAUCCUGGGACGCUCGGAAACGCAGGAGUGCGCCUACUACAACUCCAGCUGGGAAAAGGAGCGCACCAACCGCAGCGGCAUCGAGCCCUGCUAUGGCGAGAAAGACAAGCGGCGGCACUGCUUCGCCACGUGGAAGAAUGUCUCGGGGACCGUGGAGGUCGUCAAGCAAGGCUGCUGGCUGGACGACGUCAACUGCUACGACAGUAACGAGUGUGUGGAGAGGAAGGAGAGUCCAGACGUUUUCUUCUGCUGCUGUGAAGGCAACAUGUGCAACGAGAGGUUCCUGUACGCCCCUGAAGCGCCGCAGAGCGACCCACACCAUUCAACCGCCUACACCACCUCCAACCCAUUUUCCCAGAAGCCCAAGCUCUUCAGCACUCUGCUUUACUCCCUGGUUCCCAUCAUAGGCCUGGCCGCGGUCGUCCUCUUCUCGUUCUGGAUGUGGAGACACCACAAACUGGCCUACCCGGCGGCCCUCGUCCCGACACAUGAUCCCGGGCCGUCACCCCCGUCCCCUAUUUUGGGGCACAAGCCGCUGCAGCUGAUCGAGGUGAAAGCCAGAGGGCGCUUUGGGUGCGUGUGGAAGGCACAGCUGCUGAACGAAUUCGUCGCCGUUAAGAUCUUCCCCAUUCAGGACAAGCUCUCUUGGCAGAACGAGUAUGAGAUCUUCAGCGUGAGCGGCAUGAAGCACGACAACAUCCUCCACUUUAUCGGCGCGGAGAAGAGGAACAACAACCUGGACCUGGAGCUGUGGCUCAUCACCGCCUACCACGACAAGGGCUCGAUGACAGACUACCUGAAGGCCAACGUGGUGUCGUGGAACGAGCUCUGCCACAUCAGUCAGACGGCAGCCCGCGGCCUCGCGUAUCUCCAUGAAGACAUCCCGGGACACAAGGACGGACACAAGCCCUCCAUCGCUCACAGGGACAUUAAGAGUAAGAACGUGCUGCUGAAGAAUAAUCUGACGGCCUGCAUAGCUGACUUCGGCCUUGCCCUGAAGUUUGAGGCGGGGAAAUCUGCGGGGGACACACACGGACAGGUGGGGACGCGGCGCUACAUGGCUCCUGAGGUCCUGGAGGGAGCCAUCAACUUCCAGCGCGACUCCUUCCUGCGUAUCGACAUGUACGCGUUCGGCCUCGUCCUCUGGGAGCUGGCGGCGCGAUGCACUGCCGCUGAUGGCCCAGUGGACGAGUACAUGCUCCCGUUUGAGGAGGAGGUGGGUCAGCAUCCGUCUCUGGAGGACAUGCAGGAGGUCGUGGUUCAUAAGAAGCUGCGGCCCGUUCUGCGAGACUGCUGGCAGAAACAUCCGGGUUUGGCCAUGCUCUGCGAAACCAUCGAGGACUGCUGGGACCACGAGGCCGAGGCUCGCCUGUCUGCCGGCUGCGUCGAGGAGCGCAUCGGUCAAAUGCAGCGCCAAGCCCCCGUCAUCGGCCCCGAGGAGAUCGUCACCGUCGUCACCAUGGUGACCAACGUGGACCUCCCGCCCAAGGAGUCCAGCUUAUGAUCGGCCGGCUGACUGCCCGCCGCCGGAUGAGCCAGCAGAAACACGGAUCAACACAAGGGGGAUGAGCAGCCGACCCUGGUUGGUUGGCGUUGUGUUUUUUUUUCUGUUGUUGUUCCUUCUUUCCGUUUUUAUCUCCUUUUUGUUUUUUUCUUUUAAGUGCGGGCCGCUACUCGCGUUCAGGAAACCCCCUGCGCCCACCUCACCACAUCAGUCGAUAUCCACCUCAUUUUGAUAUGUGUGCCUGAGGAUUUUAACAUUUUAAAAACAACUCUCUCAUCCCGAGCAAAACGAUUCAGGAUUAAGGACAGUGACAGUGCUGACAUGCUGGGACGACGACGACACUCUCAACACUUUUAUCAUGUAUUGUUUUUAUAUACAUACACACACACACACAGACACACACAUAGGAGGGCGACCUGUUGUGCUCGGUUUUUCUACGGAGAGAGAAGACCCGGCGGAGAAAUCUCACAGUGCAUUUUAGUGUAAAAAACAAAACAGAAAAAAAAGAAAAAAGACGAGCACCUGGCUCUCUACAUUUGCUGUUUUCUCGUGUGCGUUUUUUCUGAAGAAACGACUAUCGUUCUGCCAAUAAGCAACGGCUUCUGAAUGUUGAUAGUGUAAUGCUGCUGUACAUAGUGUAUUAUGGACCCAGACAACUUGGUAAUCAAGCUUAUUUUAAAGGG